UCAGUCAGGCACAUGAUUGAUCAAUCGGUGAAUCGAUUAAAUCGUUCAACACGGUUACAGUGAUUUAUUAUUAUGAACGUGCAAGUUAAAAUCUGUUUUCGCUGUUAGUGCAUCACCAUGUCAAAUGUACAGUGCGUUCGUGUCACCAAGUGAAUUAUCAACCACUUUUUCAAUGUUUUUAUUCUUUGACCCUUUAGCUAUUGAAAGUCUCAGCCAGAAGUCUUUUAAUCACGAAUUAAAAUAUUGAGAAUUAACAAUUUAUCCUAUCUUUAAGACUUAACGUUAAUUAGUUUUCUAUUGACUAGUGCUAGUACACUCUUGGACCUUAGAUGUACUUUCAUAAGGUGCAAAAUGUGCAUCAUUGCAAACGAAAGUUCAAUUAAAACACGUUGAAAGUGAAUCAAUGGUGUUGUAUGCUAUUUGCCGGGAUAGAAAGAACUAAAAGAUCAUCUAAAUUAAGGAAACCUGAGAAACAACUUUCGAAAUAAUCAACAACGGCUGAAAAAAUAUUCAUUUAAUGACGUCUAUGUGUCUAUAUUGAAGGAGAAACCGCAAUAUUUGCGUUCAAGAAGAAAUUUCAUAUAAAAUAGAGAAAUAUUUAUGAAGAACGAAUAUCCUGAAGAGUCGACAUGUAUCUCAAGGCAUUAUGCACAUUGAUCCUGGCGAAAAGGUGAUCAAGAGUUUCUUAUAUUCCCAUGUAAGCAUUUAUGGGAUAAAGAUCAAGGAUGGAGCUGAACAUGUUCUUCGUCUGCAUCGCGAGUCUGAUGAUAACAUCGAUAGUUCUAAUCGGCACUAUUAACGCGAACCCAACGUACUACGUGAAACCCAUUGAGGACGAGAACAAUUACGCUGAAGUCCUGGAACUUUCGCUUUUGUUUUACGAAGCACAGCGGUCGGGAAAGCUGCCAAGGGACAAUCGAAUCCCAUGGAGAGGAGAUUCGGCAUUGAACGAUCGUGGCCUGAACGGGGAGGAUCUGACUGGUGGCUAUUAUGAUGCCGGUGAUUUCGUAAAGUUUGGCUUCACAAUGGCUUCAACGACGACCCUUUUGGCAUGGGGUGCGGUCAGCUGGCCAGAAGCUUACAACGCAGCCGGUCAACUUGAUGAACUUCGCAAAGCCAUCAAAUGGGCCACUGAUUACUUCAUCAAGUGCCAUGUCAGCGAAUACGUCUUCUACGGUCAAGUUGGUGAUUUCUCUUUGGAUCACACCUUUUGGGGAAGACCUGAGGAACUAAACACCACCAGACCUGCUUACAAAAUUGAUCCUGAACAUCCUGGUUCUGAUCUGGCAGGCGAAACAGCAGCAGCUCUUGCGGCUUCCAGCAUAGUUUUUCGCAACCAGGAUCCCGAAUACAGUGCCAAAUGCUUAAAGCACGCCAAAGAAUUAUAUAAAUUCGCCAACAGAUAUCGUGGAUUAUACCAUGAAGCAAUUCGUGGAGCAGCCCAGUAUUACGAGAGUACAGAUUACGGUGACGAAUUGGCUUGGGCAGCUACGUGGCUCUUCAAAGCAACUAAUGAAACGAUUUACCUUGAAGAUGCUAAACAUCAUUAUCAACAUUUCGACCUUAAAGACAGGCCAAAUGAAUUCUUUUAUAAUAAAAAAGACGCUGGUGUGCAGGUUUUAUUGGCGCAACUGACAAGAGAGCCAAAGUAUCAGAAGGCGGCACGUGCUUUUUGUGAUUUCUCGGUGCACGAACAAAAACGGACAUCAAAGGGAUUGCUGUAUAUCGAUAAAUUUGGCACCCUGUGCCAUGCAGCAAAUGUCGCGUUCGUUUGUCUGGAAGCAGCCGAUUCACCUGAUAUUGGGGAUUUUCAGGAAUAUCGCGACUUUGCCGAGCAACAAAUUUAUUAUAUGCUCGGUGGAGGAGGGAGGAGUUACGUCGUUGGUUGGGGUCGAAAUCCACCGAAGCAGCCUCAUCACGCAGCUUCAUCCUGUCCGGAUAGGCCAGCUGUUUGCGGAUGGUCCGAGUUUGACAAGGAUGCACCGAAUCCUCAGAUCCUUUACGGUGCCCUGGUCUCUGGACCUGACGAAGCAGAUAAAUUUCAUGACCACAGAGAAGAUUACGUAUACACUGAAGUCACUUUGGAUUAUAACGCCGGCUUUACGAGCGCUCUUGCUGGACUAUUGCAAUUGCGGGUAAAAAGCAUCACGUAACUCGCGAUGACAUUUUAUUAAUGACAUUGUAUCGUUGAUACUUUUCAUCACCAACUAUUUCGCUUUUCGAAAACUGUUAUAUACGUUAUGAUACUGCACGAAGUGUUGUAUAAGCUGUGAACUGAAAAUAAGUAACUUUUUCAAAAGCUUUGUGGCAUUUGCGGAACUAGAGUUUUCUUGGGACUUGGGCCAGAUAUAUCUUUCAGAAUAUUUCUGUAAUAUUUCAGAAUUCUAUAAUUUUCUGGAAUUUUCGAAAUGUAGAUUUUUUGACUUUUGAAAUUUUAAAAUAACGAAAUCUUGAUAAUUUGAAGUUUUUCAUUUCUGAAGAUCUGAAA